GUGUAUGUGUGUGUGUGUGUGUGUGUGUGUGUGUGUGUGUGUGUGUGUGUGUGUGUGUGUGUGUGUGUGUGUGUGUGUGUUGCAGAGGUUCCACGAGCACCUGACCCACCCACCCACUCCACCAGCACCACCAUCACCACCCCAGGGUGUUUGUCCUGAGAGCUGGGAGCAGACAAGGAGAGACGGUAGUGAAGCCAGGGGCUGACGGAGGAGGAGCGACCACCGAGGAGACCGGCUGGGACAAAAGGAUAGCGGGGAGGAGGACGGAGGACAAGGGCACGCCGAGCAGGAGGAGAAGCCAGCACAGCCAGCAGGAGUAGUGUCGCAGGAGGAGUGUUGACAUUUAGCCGAAGAUGAGCUCGUACACAGUGACUCUGAAUGGCCCCGCUCCAUGGGGCUUCAGACUACAGGGGGGAAAGGACUUCAAUAUGCCUCUCACCAUCUCCAGGAUAACUCCGGGCAGCAAGGCGGCGGGCGGCAGCCUGACCCAAGGAGACGUCAUCUCGGCCAUCGACGGGGUCAGCACCGACGGGAUGACACACCUGGACGCUCAGAACAAGAUCAAGUCUGCUACCAUCAAACUGUCGCUCACAAUGCUGAAAUCAAGACGUCCCGCUCCAGUUCCCACAGCAACUCCAAGAAUGGACUCACCCAUGCCAGUCAUCCCCCACCAGAAGGUUAUCGCAAACACAGCUGCAAAUGUGGAAUACACUCCCAGCUUCAACCCCAUUGCUCUGAAAGACUCCGCCCUGUCCACCCACAAGCCCAUUGAGGUGAGGGGUCCAGGAGGAAAGGCCACUAUCGUUCACGCUCAGUACAACACACCAAUCAGCAUGUACUCACAGGACGCCAUCAUGGACGCCAUCGCAGGGCAGUCGCAGGCCAAGGGACACGACAGUGAGGAGGCGGGCUCUCCGUUGGCUGGAGUUCUGCCCAUGAAGGACCCUGUGGUAGACUGUGCAUCUCCAGUGUACCAGGCAGUGAUCAGGCCAGGAGAGACGGUCCAGGACAUGUCUGAAUGGGCUCGCCGUGCUGCCAACCUGCAGUCCAAGAGCUUCAGGAUUCUGGCCCACAUCACUGGAACUGAAUACCUGCAAGACCCAGAUGAGGAAGCCCUGGCGAAGUCGAGAGAGAAGUUUGAGUCUGAGGUCAAAGGGCCUCGCUUUGCCAAGCUGAAGAACUGGCACCACGGACUGUCUGCACAGAUCCUCAACAUCCAGGAAUAAAGAGAAGGAGAAAAAAAAAACAAGAAAAAGAGACAAAGACGAGAAGAAGGACAUGCAAAAGAUGACAUGGACAAAAGCACAAGAGUUAACAGGAAGAGGGGGAUAAGUUAUGGUGAAAAUAAGGAGCAGGAGGAGAAGCAAACUCCUCAGGAAUGUGGGAUAGUGUUGUAGCCUUAAAUUAGUAGAAUGUGAGAUACAUGUUAGUGUGAGAAUGCCAUAUGUUCAUACGCCCUAAUGUCAAAUGUAUCUGUCUGCUGCUGAGACCUGAUCCUGCAUUUUGGGGUUUUUCUUUCUUUGUUUCCUGUUUGUUUGGGUUCUGUCUCUCUUAAGUUAAAGAGAAAUUGUACAAAAAAUACGUAUUCAAGUGAAAAUGCAGAAAUGAUGUUUCUUUUAUGCCCCAGGACAUAAACACACACACACACACACACUAAUGUACACAUUUUAACACUAUGAGCAUGUUUUGUGAGGCGGCACACGAAGAGAAGUACACAAAUAGAGAUUUAUCUACAUGCACAAAUACAGUAUGUAAAAAAUGCACUCAGAAAUGUAUUGAUAUCAAUGUGAAUAAAUGUUUUCUUAAAACUAA